AUGGAGGGGUGUCAUCAGUUUCUUGAAUUGAUUCCACAAGAAAGAGAAGGCGGGCUUGUUGAUAAGUGUUUAGAGUUUCAAAGCCAUGGCCUUUCAGAAGAUCAGAAGCUUGAGCUGAGCCUCGGUCCACCGGGCGGCGGCUGGACCCAAACGGACGAUAACAGCUCCCGGAGAAACCAACACUUCGUAGACUUCGGGUGUUUCCCUAACGGGCCUACAUGUGCUCAUCAAAACCCUGUCUUGAGAUCUCCAUGGCAAACCCAAGCCAUAAAAGCUCACCUUGCUGUGACGAAUGAGCCGUCACGGCCCAGUGGCAAUAGAGUGGCUGUGGAUCUGAAAAACCCGGAAAAGAAGGCCUUUUCAUCUUCACCUGCAAAUACAGCUGUGCCUAAUAAUGCUAGCGGUGCUCAGAAAAGGACUGCUCCUACUCCAGUUGUGGGAUGGCCCCCCAUUCGUUCGUUCAGGAAGAAUCUUGCAAGUGGAAGCUCGUCUAAAUCAGCCUCCGACACGAAAGAUGUCAUCACUCCAGAAAAAAACUGUGAUCAUAGUAGAUCGGUUGAGAAUCACCCGAAAACUCUGUUUGUGAAGAUCAACAUGGAUGGGGUCCCAAUCGGAAGAAAAGUCGAUCUUAAGGCGUACGAUAGCUAUGACAAGCUCUCGUAUGCUGUGGAUGAGCUAUUCAGAGGCCUUCUUGCAGCUCAAAGUGAUUUUUCAGUUGAGGAGGAAAAGAAAGCUGCAGGAGGGCUGCUGAACGGAAAUCGAGAAUACACGCUCGUUUACGAAGACAAUGAAGGUGACAGGAUGCUUGUUGGGGAUGUCCCGUGGCACAUGUUUGUCUCAACCGUGAAGAGGCUCCGUGUGUUGAAAAGCUCUGAACUACCGGCAUUCUCUCGUGGAAGCAAACGGGGGAAGCAGUUAGCGGUUGACGAUGCUUCUUCUAAGUAA